AGGAAGAACACGGGCGCUGCCAAAAGAGGGAAUUGGGCUGUGUGUUCUGUGCGUACAGGAACAUGAAAUGCGCUACCGAUGAAAGGAAUAAAUAGAAGAAGGAAUAAGAAGACUGCUGACUGUUGGGAAAGGAAUGGAAGGUGUGCUGUCGGUGAAGGGAAAAACGUCUGUUGCUAGCGUUUGGAUAAACAGACCAGUUGCUUUAUUGCUUGCAAUGUGAAGGCGAACGGCUAAAUUGGUCUGUGUGGGGAGCAAUUAAGCCAAGGCGGUGUUAUGCUGUGGGGCAGGCUGUUGACAUAGUUUGCAGCGGGUAAUGCUGUCAUUGUAAAGGACGGUGGUUGGAGGAGAAGGAGGUGUGGUCAUAAAACGAGUUGGGAGGGAAUUCUGGGGAAAGUGUUUAUGGGAGGCAAUGUUGUCAUUGUUAAGGGUGUGGCUUGCAUAUGGGAGGCGUACUCUCGAGUUGGAUUUGUUAUGCUGCCUGUCAGAGUAGGGAGGCGUGGCUGCGGGGGCGUGUAAGAAUUGAAGAGGGAGUGCUGCGUAUUUGUGCGUUUCUUUGAGAGGCGUAGCUCAGCUCUAAAGGGGGAGUGUCAGUGUGUGAUUGAAACGGUCAACAUGGGGACAGUUUUGUGUAUGGAGGGAUGAGCUCAGUGUGGGAGGAGUGCUGCUGGGGGUGUUGUCAGUCUAAGGAGGAGUGACGAGUCACAGGCUCCAGGAUUCCCGCGCAUGCGCGCAGCUUUGUUUUGACUGAAAAUGCCGUCGGUUUCGAAAACGGCGCAGAACGGCUCCCCGCAGACCGAGAAACCGUCUCACUACACGUAUCUGAAAGAAUUCCGGACUGAGCAGUGCCCACUUUUUCUGCAGCACAAAUGUACUCAGCACAGGCCCUUCACUUGUUUUCACUGGCAUUUCUUAAAUCAGCGCCGCCGCCGACCAAUCAGACGGCGCGAUGGAACAUUUAACUACAGCCCAGAUGUUUAUUGUACAAAGUAUGACGAAACCACAGGAAUGUGCCCGGAUGGGGAUGACUGUCCAUAUUUACACCGGACAACAGGAGACACUGAAAGAAAAUAUCAUUUACGAUAUUACAAGACUGGUACUUGUAUUCAUGAAACAGAUGCUCGAGGGCAUUGUGUGAAGAAUGGACCCCAUUGUGCCUUUGCCCAUGGUCCCCAUGACCUUAGACCUCCAGUGUAUGAUAUAAGGGAAAUCCAGGCACAAGAAGCCUUACAAAAUGGGCAGCUUGGAAGCGGCGAUGGAAUUCCCGACUUACAGCCAGGAGUUUUAGCAAGUCAGGCAAUGAUCGAGAAAAUCCUUGGAGAGGAUCCUAGAUGGCAAGAUACUAAUUUUGUUCUAGCCAGCUACAAAACCGAUCAAUGUACUAAACCACCAAGACUGUGCCGCCAAGGUUAUGCGUGUCCACACUACCACAAUAGCCGGGACAGAAGACGAAAUCCACGAAAAUUCAAAUACAGGUCUACACCAUGUCCAAGUGUAAAGCAUGGGGAUGAGUGGGGAGAGCCUUCAAAGUGUGAAAGUGGUGACAGCUGUCAGUACUGCCACUCACGCACUGAGCAACAGUUUCAUCCAGAGAUCUAUAAAUCAACUAAAUGCAAUGACAUGAGGCAAACCGGAUAUUGCCCAAGAGGUCCUUUUUGUGCUUUUGCCCAUGUUGAAAGAAUUCCCUCAGCAGAGGAAGCCAUGAAUGUAAUGAUGCAGUCAAGCUGCCAUUUAAAGCAGGGCCCUCCCCUCUAUUCGGGCGACAGUAUAGGUUUUUCCAGUGAGUGGAGCACAAAUCUGUGUUGUACUAACAGCAUCCUGAACCACAAUGAACAAACAGUAAAUAUUUCAUGCUGUAGUAGUCCAACAGUUACAUCAAGCUCAGAUAGCAGUAGCUCCUUCUCGCCCGUUGGAUCCAUAGGCAGGCCAAAAUCAUUAGCAAAUGGUUUGUGUUGUGAAUCUGCCACCCCAGGUGUCUCUUCACCCAGCUCUAACUAUCCGAGGGCUCCAGGUUUUGAAAGAGAAGACCAGGCAAAACACAAGUGCCUGCAUUUGGAUAGUCAUCACAAAAUGAAUGAUCAAGAAAACAAGCAGAGCCAUCUCAGUGUUUUUUCAGUGGUAAACCCACUGGCGUCCAGUAUAACCUCCAGUAUAACUUCUAGUCUGGCAUCCAGUAUUGGCUCAGAUAGUUCAUCCCCUACUGCGCUUUCAAGUGUUAAUGCCAAAGCACUCCCAUUCUACCCUGCUAGUAAUACAGUUGAAUCAGUAAUAGGUUCAGCUCUAGACCUUCAUUUUAGCAAUAUUAAUGUUGCUUCUCUAGAUAAAGAAUUAGAAGACACAGAGCAUAGUGACCUUGGGCUAUCAAGUCAAAGGCUGUUGGGAAGUUCUGCUCCUGUCAAUAUCCCAGGCUCUCUUGCACGUUCCUGUUCUCUGCAUUCAUCAUCUUCGCUCUCAACUUCCCCUCUUAGUUCCCUUUCUCAGUCACUGUCCCAGUCUUACCUUUCAUCCAACAUGGCUCCACGUCAGCAACAGACUCAGCCUCUGAAAUCUGAGCAUAGUAUUUUGGGAACAUCCACUUCUUCCCACAAUUCUUUAGGUUUAAAUGGUGUUACAGGCAGUAUUUGGGACUUUGUCAGCGGGAGUUUUUCUCCUAGUCCCUCUCCUGUGUUUAGCACUGGCACAACCCCUUCGACCAAUACAAACUCAAAUGGAAAUGAGCUCUCACGAGUGAGAAGGGAACUUGAUGAAACCAAAAGGAAAAUAAAGAGAUGGGAAGACUCCUGGCAGCAAGUAAAGCAGGCAUGUGAUGCGUGGCAGAAAGAAGCUCAAGAAGCGAAGGAGCGUGCAAAAGCGGCAGACUCGGACCGACACCUAGCACUAAUGCAGAAAGAAGAGGUAGAAGUAAAGCUGAAGAAGCUCCAAGAAGAAUAUGAUACCCUGCGUGUGUCUCCACAGUUUUCUGUACUGAAAAAAUAUGGAGAUAUAGACAAGCUUCCUUUACCAAAGCUACAUUCUCUGAAAAGUCAGCUUUGUUCUGACUUGGAAACAGUUGAUGAGUUAAUAUUCAAGCUACAUUCCACGAAAUGUGUUGUUUGCCACGAACAAGAGAGAAGUAUAGUCCUGCAGCCUUGCCAACAUUAUGUACUAUGCGAACAGUGCGCAACAAGCAAACCAGAAUGUCCUUACUGUAAGACCAAAAGAAUUAAAUGGUGAAGAACCAUUCUAAGCCGUUGUUUAUCAGCCCGCUGAGACUCAUCUUUAUCAUGUUAUGAAACGAAAUAUUGCAUUGUAUGUUUUAGUAUUUGAUAUAUAAAAUAGAAAUAAUAAGUGAAAAAAAUACAUAAUCUUUUUAUCAGUGAUAGACUGAUCUUGACCGCUCAUGGAGCACCAACAACUGCAAGAAAUAUUUGUUGUCUGUUUAUAAGGGAUUUCCACCAUAAUUGUAUUUGCUUCUUAGGUGGUAUUUUUCUCUUUAGACACUCAUUGUUCUUAAGUUUACUGAAUACAGUGAAUAAUUAGAAUAAAAUAUGUCAAAUAAUAAUACUUUAGACAAGCUGGCCAUUACAUGCCCAGAUUUUGUUGGGAAGGUUGGCCAGUUUCAGGUAUACAGCCCAACAAGUCAAGUGUUUAGACACAUAAUCCUGCAAACCUAGCAAAUUAAGGAUUUUCUUACUGGAAAAUAUCCAUUGAUCAUCUGAAGGGAAGUGAGGAGAAGAGAUAUUCAUUUGACUAUGGCUGGGUCAGGCGGAUUGUCUAAAGCAGAGAUGACUGCUGGACUGUUUAUAUGUGUAGUUUUCAUACAAUAAUUUGGAAGAUCUUUUUGAAGUCAGAUAUU